AUGGCAGGUCCUGAAUACCCAGCUGGAAGUGUUCGUGUGGAAUUUUUCCGAGAGGAUCGUUGCACCUUCAUCCACCAAACUCCGGAUGAGCUAUAUCGACUAUUCAUGAUAAAGGUGAAUAGGAUAGGUGGACCGAAUGCAGUAGCGUAUUACACUAACCGUGAAAGAAUCGAAGUCAGGAUCGAUGAUGCUGAGACGUUGGAUCGCUUUACUGAAGGAAGAGCCGUUGUAAGAAUCACGGUUCACGCAAGGAGCGGUGGAAGCAGUCCACACUCGAAUGGCGGUGUAUCGGGCCGUCGUAGGAACAGCGCCGACCGCGACGCCCUCCGUCGCCGUCACCACCACAACGGCCGAUCAACUGCGACAGAGGAGAGGCCGUGUGUGUUCUGUGGGCAUGUUCGCCGCAUAGAUAGUCAAGAUCCUCCGUCCAUGAGACCUCGAUCUGCGCAAUACCAGGCGAGUGACGAGGCCAGCCGUAGGCGUGUGCGCUGGCGCUUUAUCCCUGUUCCUUAUGUUGAAUAUGUGAAUGAAUCGAACCCACCUAAUGCAGAUCGCUAA